CCCUAGAGGGCCUCGCUUUCGCUGUCAAUCUCGAGGUUCCUUAUCCACAGCGUGAAGUUCAGUUGUUCAGAAACUUUUCGGAUAACUCUCCUUUUGUCUAGAGUCAGGAUUCAGGAGUCAAGACUCGGGGACGCUCAGCCUCUGCACAUAUCCUUGCGGUGCGGUGACGCAAAAGCUUGCGUCGCGGUAUUCGUAUGCGACUCCGUGUCGCGACCACUGUAGUCACCCAGCCAAUCAGCCAUGGACGACAACGACGGAUAUUAUCGAGGGUCGAUGCAGCUCGCAGAUCCCAGGAAUGGGGUCCAGCAAGUGCCAGCCAAUCGCAGAAGGUCAUUUCCUCAGUCGGACCCUCAUCAGUCGAACCCUACUCAGUCAAAACCUGCUCCUACAGUAGCAACAAUCUCCAGCGACUCACCGCGUAGCCGUCUUCUCGCCAACAGCAACACCUUUUCCGGCCGGCAGCUUGACGGCGCCGAAGCUCGGCGCGCUCUAGGAAAAACAAUGUCAGGCUACCGGCCGGGAGGGGGAGUACCUGGCGACGACUUUCAGUCAGGGUUACCACCGACGCAGGGGGCCCCGCUACGGGGAUUCGUGCGUCCACAGCGUGCGACAGGUAACCAUCGCAGGGCGAUGUCGUUCAGCGGUGGCCAGGCGGCGAGCUCCAUGGAUUUUUCGCCGGACCCGUUUUCCCGUGAAGGGUUUCAGCAGCAGCAACCGUCUCCGCCGAUGCAGCAGCCGCGUUUCCUGCAGCAGCAGCAGCAGCAGCAGUCGCCGUCGCAGAUGCAGCAGCAUGCACGGUCGCCGGUACGCGCGGUGCCAAACUCAAACUCACACGAGAGCGACGGGAGCAGUCGAUUAGGCGUGUCGAGUAGCCGCUCCUACCAGGCACCCAUCACGGUCGGCCCGCGUCCCGCUGCUCUGCGCGGGGCCCCAAUGCGCGGGGCGGGGGGAGGGGGAGGGGGAGGGGGGAAUCACCCAGCAGUUUCGACGAGUUUUUCAGGAGGGGUUAUAGGCGCGGACGAGGAGGAGGAGGGCGGGGAGGAGUACGAGGAGGAGGAGAGUCCACAGCGCGUGGGCCGGCAGGACUCGGUGCGCAGCUCGAUCUCCGACACCAGCGCCGACCGCGUAGGCGGCAGGGCCGGGCUGAGACCGCAAAGGAUGAAAAACGGGGAAGGGGCGCAUGCGCCCUUGCGCAUGCCCCCGCGCCCGCCCGGCGCGAACCCCGCACCCUACGCGGGGUCGAGCCCGUCCGUCGACAGCCCGACAGCCCGCCGGCAGCACCGGCGAGGCGCAUCGUUCGACUCGCGCACCGUCAUAGAACCGUCGUCGUCGUCGGGGGGUCUGUCAGGGGGCCUCUCCGCCUCCCCACACGCGCUCUCGCAGUCCCGAUCAGGAAAUCUCUCCCGCGCGCCAGCUCACGGCGCUGCGCCGACCAGGGAUCCGCGCGCCUCUGCGGGAAGCAGCGGGCCCGCGGGUAAUUCUGCGCGCGGCGCUAGUGGCGAUGGGGGCGUCGCUGGUAGCGGAAGGGGUAGCGGUAGUGGCGGUGCUGCUGCUGUUGCCGCUAGUGGUUCCUCAUUUACCGCGGGUGGCGGAGGCGGCGCUAGGGCUCCGCCGGGGGCGCAGGGGGGGUCGCGGCCGUGGCACCGGCGGUCGCUGUCGACGCCCGUGGAGGAAAUCGCGCUGCACGUCGGCUCGCCCACCGGCGGGGCACUGACGCCAGGCAGAGGGCCCGCAGGGGGAGCAGGGGGGGCAGGACGAGCGGGGCUAGGGCUGGGGGGAUCCGGGCGUUCCCCGCCCCAGGCUCCGAGCUCUGGUAUGGGCGUGAGCAUGGGUACGGGCAUGGGGGGGUUAAUGGGUAUGGGUAUGGGUGGGAAUGUGGGUAUGGGUGCACGCGGUAGAGUGGGCGGCAGUGGUAGCAGCAGCGGAAGCGGCGGCGGUGAUGCGCGGGUAGCAGCAGGAACUAGAGGGGAGAUUCGCGGCCACAGCAACGGCAGUGGCAGUGGCAGUGGCAGCGGCAGUGGCAGUGGUAGUUGUAGUGACGAGGAUGGGGAUGCGGAAGAGACGGUGGCAGUUCCAGCGAGGGUUGUGGGGAGGUCGUCCAGUGCAAGCGGGGCGGGUCGGAUUGCCACUGCGCCUGCUCCCUCUGCUGCUUCCCCAGCUGCCACUGCUGGUGGCGGCGGUGGUCCCCCAGGGAGGGGCGCGGAUGGGGCACCAGCAGCGCGGGGCAGGGGGAGAGGCAGGGGCGGGGAGGGCAGAGGAGAGCUGGCGUUCAGGGGCGGGCGGGCGGGAAUGGGGGGAAUGGGGGGGACGGGGGGAAUGGGGGGGCGGGGGCGAGGGCGGGCGCACCACCGCGCGUUUUCGGAGUCCCAGAUGGGCUUCCUGCACACCACGGACUUCACCUCCAUGCAGGACGACGUGGAAGGGGGGCAGGAAGAGUGGGGCUCUGCGCCUGGCGGGCAGGGCGGCGGGGGCGCAACAGGGGGGAUGGGCGGAGGCAGGGGGGCGGCAGGGGGGAGAGUGCUGGGGGCAGCACCGGGGCGAGGGCGGUUCUUGAGUGUGCAGGAGGCGAGACGUGGGGAAGGUGCUGCUAGGGGACGGGGAGGUGUUAUUGGAGGGAGUGUAAGGGAGAUUCGUGACUAUAACGAAGGGUCGGGAUGGAUGGGUGGGGGGUUGGGACGCCCUGCUAUGGAUGUAGUGAAUGAGGGUGGACUCAGGAGAGGGGAGGGGAGAGGGGCUAGGGACGAAGAGUAUGGCAGAAACGGGAUUGGUGGUGAUGACGAUGAUGGGUUGAGGGACAGAGUAGACGCGUUGUAUGAGGACUUGGAUAGAGUGCGAAGGGGCGGCGGGGGGAGAAGGAAGGGGAGUGACAGUGAGGAGGAAGCGGAAGGGGUGGGGGGAGGCGCGGAGAGAGGCAGGGAGUGGGAGCGGAGGAGAAGAGGGGGCAGCAGGGACGCCAGUCCUGGGAGUUUACGGUCGGGAGGGAGUGAGAGUGGGAGUGGGAGUGGGAGUGAUGGGGAGAACAGUCGAGUGAGUUUCAGUGGGAGUGAGGAGGGCGAGAGGGAGAGGGAGAGGGGGAGGGACAAUGGCAAUGGCGUGCACAGGGCAGCACCAGUACCAGUGGCAGCAGCGGCGAGAGGAGCAAUGGGAGGAAGAGGUGGGGGGCCAGCAGGGGGGCCAGCAGAGGGACCAGCAGGGGGACCAGCAGGGGGACCAGGAGGCGGGCGAGGAGGCGUGGGCAGAGGAAUAGGGGGAUCUGGAAUAGGAGGAGUGAGCAGUGGCAGUGCGGGCGGUGUUGGUAUUGCUGUCGGUCCGGGGGGUAGGGGAGGCAGAGGACCAGGCAUGGCCCGUGGCAUGGUCGGCGGCGUGGGCGGCAGGGGCGGGAGAGGCGGCAUGGGCGGGCGGCACAGGCGGACGAGCUCAGAGUCGCAGGCAGGAGCAGAGUUCUACAGUGCGCCCGGAGAUGACUUCUUCUGGAGCGGCGGGGCUGCUGCAGGGGCAGUGCCAGGGGCGAGAAAGGAGGGGCCACAGGGAGUGGGUCAGGGGCAGCAGGGGCAGCAGGGGCAGCAGGGGCAGCAGGUGCAGCGGGGUCAGCAGGGGCUGGAGGGGCUGGAGGGAGCGGGUGCAGGCAGGAAGCUGCUGAGGGGCGGGGCAGAGGCGGGGAGGGGGGGAGGCGAGAUGGGAAGGGGGAGGUCACAGGCUGCAGGUGGCCGUGGUGGCACUACUGCCAGUGGCAGGGGUAUGUCAGGGCCAGGAGGGAGAGGGCCGCGGGGAAUGGGGCCACCUGCAGGGAGUGGUGGCAGGGGUUCUAUUAGGUUUCAGCAGCAACAGCAGCAGCAGCAACAGGGGGGGGGGGAAGAGGCGGAGCAGGCGGAGGAGUGUGAGGCGCCGCCGGAGCUGCAGAGGGAGCUGACGUUCCGAGUGAACCUGGAGGAGCCCGUGCUGGAGAGAGAGCUCACCUUCCGCGCAGGCGUCACGUAAUGAGCGGUGAGCUGUGAGCGGUGAGUGGUGAGCGGUGAGCGGUGAGCGGUGAGCGGUGAGCGGUGAGCGGUGAGCGAUGAAUGAUGCUGGAUGCGGCGCACGGGCGUGAUGUGAUGACAAGGGGUGUGGAGCCACCUUGUUAGCGCUUGUGGAGCGGGCAGCAGUCUGCAGGGGGGGCUGAUGUUCCGAGUGAACGUGGAGGGCCUCGUGCUGGAGAGAGAGCUGACGUUCCGCGCAGGCGUGAAGAUGAUGGGGGAUGCGGUGAUGGAUGAGGGAUGAAUGAUGAGAGGUGGCGCACAGUUGGGGCAAGCCAGUGGAGGUGGAGGGGGGGCACGUUGGUGUGGUGGAGCUGGUGGGCGUGCACUGGAGAGGUGCCUGCCGUUCCGCAUCGGUGCAAUACGAGGUGUGGCAGAGGUGGGGAGGGGAUGGGAUGGGAUGUCAUGUGCAGCAGCAGUCUUAGAGACUCAAGGCAGCAGGUCAUACGGUGAUGAUGGAGUUCAAUUAUUAUUGCAGUGUCGUAAUGAGGUGUAGAAUCCGUCGAAGUGCCUGCGCUGAUGUUAUUGCUGCCAUCACUCUACUCCGAGACACGGUAUGAUAUCUAUGGUACUGUACCAGGCCCUAUGAUAUGUUUAAGUUCACGCUGAUUUAUCAAUUUUGGUCUCAAAAAACACCCUGGAAAUCAGAGUUGGUUGGUUUUAAGUCAUCCUGAUUGCAAAGGACUACCCCU